AUGUCUUCUAGCACGUCUUUCUUUUUGUUUUUCCUCUUUUCCUUCCUCUCUAGCUUCAGAGGUUCUGCUCAGAGUCUCUCCCUCUUAUACUAUUUUUGUCCGAAUACAACAACGUAUUCAAGGAACAGCACUUUCUAUAACAAUCUCACAACUGUUUUGUCUUUCCUCUCUUCCAGCAACGCUUCACACUCCACCGGAUUCCAAAACGCCACAUCGGGUCAAGGUCCAGACAUGGUCACUGGACUUUUCCUUUGCAAAGGAGACAUCUCGCUAGAAGAUUGCCGAAACUGCGUCACCUUUUCCGUCAACGAAUCCUUAACGCGGUGUCCAACUCAGAGAGAUGUCGUACUCUAUUACGAUAACUGUAUGCUCAGAUACUCUAACCGGAAUAUUCUCUCAAACGUAAGAACCGAUGGAGGAUAUACCUUGUCCAGCCGCAUUACUAUUCCACCUGACCAACAAGGGAGGUUCCGAGUUUUGGUUUUAGCCGUGAUGAACCAAGCCGCAGAAGAAGCCGCUGGUAGUCCCAGAAAACUUGGUGGGAUACGAGCCAACUCUACUGAUCAGUUUCAGAAUGUAUACGGCCUUGUUCAGUGCACCCCCGAUCUGACAACACAAGACUGUUCGCGUUGUUUGGAAACAUCUAUCAGUCAACUACAAACUGACAAAAUUGGGGCGAGACUUCUUUUACCGAGCUGUAAUUCAAGAUACGAGACUUACCCAUUCUUCGACGAUUCCAUCUCUAGCACAUUUCAAGCACCAUUACCGCCGCCUGUUUCUACUCCUCCCCGACCAGGAAAAGAUGAGAGUUCAUCUGUGUUAGUGGUUGCCAUUGUUGUGCCUACUAUAGUGGUUGUUCUGCUUUUGAUAGCUGGUUAUUGUUUCCUUGCAAAGAGGGUAAAGAGGACUAAUGAGACAGAACCCGCAUUUAAUAAUGGGGAUGAUAUAACAACCAUUGAUUCGCUUCAUCUUGAUUACAGAACAAUUCAAGCUGCAACAAAUAAUUAUUCAGAAGAUAAUAAGAUUGGUCGAGGUGGAUUCGGUGAGGUCUACAAGGGUAUAUUUUCGAAUGGGACUGAAGUUGCUGUGAAGAGACUGUCAAAAUCAUCAGAACAAGGUGACACAGAGUUCAAGAACGAGGUUGUUCUCGUUGCAAAGCUUCAGCACAGAAAUCUGGUUAGGCUACUUGGAUAUUCUUUGGAACGAGAAGAAAGGAUAUUGGUCUACGAGUAUGUUCCAAACAAAAGCCUUAAUUAUUUCCUCUUCGACCCUAUAAAGCGAGGUCAGCUGGACUGGACUCGACGAUACAAUAUCAUUGAAGGAAUUGCGCGGGGGGUUCUGUAUCUCCAUCAAGAUUCAAGGCUUACAAUCAUACAUCGGGAUUUAAAAGCAAGUAAUGUUCUCUUGGAUGAGAAUAUGAAUCCGAAAAUUGCAGACUUUGGAAUGGCUAGGAUCUUCAAGUUGGACCAAACCCAGGAAAAUACAAGUAGAAUAGUUGGUACCUAUGGUUACAUGUCUCCCGAAUAUGCGAUGCGUGGCCAAUUCUCGAUGAAGUCUGAUGUCUAUAGCUUUGGAGUGUUAGUACUUGAGAUUAUAAGUGGUAGGAAAAAUAACAGCUUCCAUGAGAAGACCAAUUCACAUGACUUAGUCACAUAUGCUUGGAGGCUUUGGAAUAACGGAGCAGUCUUAGACCUCGUGGAUCCAGUUAUCAUAGAUAAUUGCCAAAAGAGUGAAGUUGUUCGAUGCAUCCAUAUCGGUCUUUUAUGUGUUCAAGAAGAUCCCGUAGACCGUCCAGCCUUGUCAACCAUAUUGGUGAUGUUCACCAGUAAUACUAUGACUUUGCCAGUGCCCAGGCGACCAGGGUUUUCUGAUCAUACUAGACCCAAAGACGCGCUUCAUUCAGAUCAAUCUACGACUAGCAAGUCUGUUCCAGUGUCCACUGAUAAUGCAACGAUCACUACUUUAUAUCCUCGUUGAUGAGGUCUAACCUUCAAGCUUGAUUCAACUGCUAUGAUUUGAAUUCAAAUUCAAGCAUAUAUUGUAUACUUCCAGAGCUUGUUAAUCUUGUUUAUUGCUUAGUUUUGGGUUUGUGUUUUAUACCAAUUAUAUUUUGCUUAGUUUAGUAAGAAAAUACAAUGUAAGAGAAGCAUUGGAUAACAUGGAAUUCGC